UUCAAAGGCAGGCAAAGCUUGAUAAGUUGAGGAAGGAUUGUGAAUUUGACGGCCAUCUUGUUUCCGUUUUCAACGGUGAGAUUUUUAGUGAAAUUUUUUUAUAUUUUAGUACGAUUUACCUGGAAUAUUCUCAGUGUUGUUCACACGAAGUGAGGGAGUGCCGUGUCAUCCAUUGUGUCUGUUUAUUGGUGUGUGAAGUGCGUAUGAUCACCUCUAGUAGAGACAAAAUAACAGUAAGAAUACAAAACAGCAUGAAGAGAAGUAGUGACAGAGAUACUCCUCCAAGAAGUAAGAGGUCCCGCUCUAGUUUGGGACGCUAUGACGAUAGUUCCGAUGAAAGAAUUACUCCGGACAGAAUCAGACGCCGAACCAGCCGAGGUCGAUCUCCUAGUCCAAGGCCUCGUUAUCGUUCACCUCACAGAGAAGAAUAUUUGAUUCCUCCAGAACGAUAUCCUUACAAAGUUUUGUGUGUGAGUGCUCUGCAUCCUAAAGCAAGUGAUGAAGUUAUUAAGGAUACGCUUUACCGGGAGUACAAGAAAUAUGGCGAUUUAAGCAUAAGGCUUUCUCGUGAUUUGGAUGAGAGAAUAGCUUAUGUUUGUUUCCGUAGCUCAGAAGAUGCUAGAGAUGCUAAGCAUGGUAAACCCAGAAUCAUUAUUUAUGACAAAGUUGCUAUUGUUGAACCAGUAUAUGAAAAACCUCGUUCAGCAGAUCUUUACUAUAGGCCUCGCUCUAUUACACCAGAAUAUGAUAGAGGUUAUUAUGCUAGAUCUCCAGACCGCUUGAGAGCAGUUGACAGAUAUGAUAGAGCGUAUGGACCCCCUAUGGUACCAGUUCAUCGAGAUUAUAGAAGAGAAGCAUUACCAGCGCCGCAUGAUUACCUUGCUAGGCCACCUAUGCAUCAUCCGCCGCAUCAUUUACCACCUAGCCAUUAUGGGCCCCCAAGGCAGCACAUGCCUCGUGUUCCGUAUGAGAAACCAGAAAACAAGAAAGAUAAAUUCCCAAAUUACCUUCACCACAUCCAACCUGAAGAUGAUCCUUUAGCUACCAGAACUCUUUUUGCGGGUAAUUUGGAGAUUAACAUUACUGAAGAAGAGUUGAGGCGCAUUUUUGGGCGAUAUGGAACGGUAGAGGAUAUCGAUAUAAAACGACCACCUCCGGGUACUGGUAAUGCAUUUGCUUUUGUGAGAUUCAAUACUCUAGAUAUGGCCCAUCGGGCUAAAGUGGAGUUAUCGGGACAGUACAUCGGUAAGUUCCAAUGCAAAAUUGGUUAUGGAAAAGCUACUCCAACAACCCGCAUAUGGGUUGGAGGAUUGGGCUCUUGGACUUCGGUUCCUCAAUUGGAACGCGAGUUUGAUAGGUUUGGUGCCAUCAAGAAGAUCGACUAUGUUAAAGGUGAAAGCCAAGCUUACAUCUUGUAUGACAGCAUCGAUGCUGCCCAGGCUGCUGUUAAGGAAAUGAGAGGCUUUCCUUUAGGGGGGCCUGAACGUCGAUUGAGAACUGAUUUCGCUGAUGUUACUCCUGGAAUAGCCUACAGGCCUAAAAGUGCAUAUCCUCCUCCAGAAGAAGGUCCAGACUACCGAAGAGGGGGCGAAUAUGGUUACGACUAUGAUGAUUAUAAAUACAGAGGUAGGGCACCAUACUCUGAGCGUAGAGCGGGUAGUAGGUCUAGAUAUGAUGGAGCUCCAGAUGAAUGGGGCAGAACUAGACCUGACGAAUUCGAAAGGAGAAGAUCUGGCUCUCGUGGAGGAGACAGGUCUCGUUCGAGGUCCCCUAGGCGAUCUCCUGAUUCGGAUUCAGACAGUGGCUCACGCAGAGCAGGUCUUCUUGCUUCCAGCCGUACAUUACCCGAAGUUGCACGGAAAUGUACAACUGUAUGGCAAGGUGCUCUAAUUCUGAAGAAUUCUUUGUUUCCUGCCAAAUUCCAUCUGAUGGACGGUGAUACAGACAUUAUUGAUGGAUUGAUGAAGGAUGAAGAGGGUAAACACCAGCUCAGAAUAACACAGAGACUCAGAUUAGAUCAGCCUAAAUUGGAGGAUGUUCAAAAACGUAUUUCUAGUGCUAGUUCCCAUGCGAUAUUCUUAGGGUUAGCUGGUUCAACUGCUUCGGUUGCCAAUGAAGAUACUUCAGUUCAGACUAGACCGUUGAGGAAUCUAGUGUCCUAUUUGAAACAGAAAGAAGCUGCUGGGGUAAUAUCGCUGCUGAAUAAAGAAACCGAAGCAACUGGGGUAUUAUAUUCCUUCCCUCCUUGCGCCUUUUCCACAGAGCUCCUGAAACGUUCCUGCCCUAACCUUUCUGACGAAGCGAUCAAAGAGGAUCACUUGAUCAUUGUUGUGGUACGUGGUGGCACAGCCUAAUUUGUGCUUCCUUUAUUCUUAUCCUCUUCCUUUUUUUUUUUGCUAUCAUGGAAGUAAGGUCAUUAUUUCAUUAUAACAAAAAGAAUCAUUUUAUACUUUGUGAUUUUUAUUGACAUUGUUUAUACUCAAAAUGACCUUAUUUUACCAGUUGUGUACACCUUUGUUAUUUUUAUCAAACUUGUCACAUCUGAAAAUGACUGUUCUGUGAAAUAAUCUUGAAACUUUUUUUGCUUCAGAAUCCCUUUUGUGAUUUUUGUUCAUCUUUUCUUGCAUACUAAUUUGUAAUUCAUUUCAGGAAAUUGGUGAACAGCGAUGAAUUUUAGUGUAUCUUGUUUGUUAAUAUAUGCAAACGAUAAAAAUAAACUAUGUAAAACUUCGUAGUGAAGUGCUAUUAGAUUGUAAGGUGGCUGCAGUUCUUUCUCAUUCAUUUUUGUUGGAAUGCAAUAAGUGUUUAUUUUUUUAAAGUUUAUUUAUCAGAAAAACUGGACCAAUGUGAAAGAACUGUAUAAAUUACAGUGUAAGUGAAAGUUGUCAACUUGAAAAAUAAAUUUUCAGAGUUAA